AUGCUACCCAGACCAAUUCCAAAAGUGUCGCUCCAACGCUCAAUUCGCCGCGAAUCCGCCGCGAAAAGCUUCCGCCAAUACCUCAAAGAGCUCCAAGACGAAAACGACGUGCUCACCAUAACCAAAGAAGUUGAUUCUCACCUCGAGUUAGGGGCUAUAACCCGCAAAGUCUACGAGAAUGACGGUAAAGCUCCUUUAUUUGAGAAAUUUAAGGGCUACGAUAGAUCCAAAGACAAUGGCCUCUUCCGUGUCCUUGGGGCACCAGUUGGCCUGAGCAAAGUUCCUAGACACAAACUUGGUCGGAUUGCAAAGUCACUGGGACUUCCAUCUACUGCAUCGGAGACCCACGGCCGUUGGACAAAUUGGUCCAUCACGCGCGGCAUGGUCCACGGGAAACGGUCACUCAUCGGCCCCGUCAUCCCAAAGCAAGAUAUCGGUGUCAUCCACCAGAGGUGGAAAGACGAGAAACAAGAUAUGCCUUGGGCGUUGUGUUUCGGUGUACUCUCCGCUGCGAUUAUGGUUAGCGGGAUGCCAAUACCUAAAUGGACGAAUGAGACGGAUUUAAUCGGUGCGUUGUCAGGGGAACCUGUUAAGGUUGUGAAAUGCGAAACGAAUGAUAUUCGCGUUCCGGGUAAUGCGGAGAUCGUGCUUGAAGGUGUUGUUUCGAAUACGGAGACUGCGCCUGGGGGGGCUGGUGGCGGAGUACCAUGGAAUGCUGGUCUUCCGGUUAAAAUGGCUCGGUGUCCGUUUGAAUCCCACUGUCUUUGGUUUGUCUUGCAGGUCGAUCUCACGCAGCUUAAAGCAUCGAAGACAAGCAUGAAUGAUUUCUGCGCGAAAGUCGGGCAUGUCGUUUUCGGCUCUAAGCCUGGGUGGUAUAUCCCCAAAAUCUACCUGGUCGGGGAGGACGUUGAUCCUACUGACUUGAAAAAUGUGAUCUGGGCUGAAGCUACGCGGUGUCAAACCGGUGAAUAUGGAAACAUCCCACUGAUUCCGUACGUGGGACAUGGGGUUAAACCCGAGACGGAGAGCGGACAUCAUCGGAAGGUGGUGAGAUGUUGCAUGUUUGCUAGUGAGUUUGGAGAUGGGGAGUUGCAUUUGGAAGAUGGGUUUUUUCGAGGAUCGCUUCCUCCGGGUGUAUAGAAAAGAGUGGAAGAGAACUGGAAGGAGUAUGGGUUUGAUAGCUGAUGGGAAGUUUGCAAGAGAUUUGUAUUCAAAUAUUGUGGGUAUUGGCUAUAUAACUAGCCAUUUCGCAGUCACGUCUUUGGCGGACUUGAAGUC